AGAAAUUGGGACGCCGUGGAAUUUAGAGUCUUGGCUAUAACGCCGAAUUUCAACCCUGACAACCCAGCGAUCCAGAAAAAAUAAAGGGGCAGCAUACGUAAAUCAUUUUAUUCUUAUCCGGUUUUAUCCACAACCUUCGUGAAUCCGCUGUCCUCGACCGCUACGGUAGUCGUUGAAGUAGAAAGACAAAGACCAACCUACCUACACGAUGAAGCCAGUUCCACCACAAGAACCCCAGGGGGGCGCUCGAGUAAUUUGGCGUGCAGCUCUAUGGCUUUUAGAGCCGUUACGUUAUCCACCCUCCCCUCCCGCUCUCCCACGUCUCUUUGUUACGCCUGGAACUCAUCGAGACCGAGAGAGAUCGAGAUAUCAGAGAAGAAAAGAAUCUCAGAUGAGGCAACUGCGCACUUUGGAGGUUUGCAUUGGAGAUUAGGACUGGUGCCGAGUUCUGGCAUGCGAGUACUCUAAGACUCUGGAAAGACUGAAAAAUGCGGCGUUUCGUAGAUGAUCUUAAUGAGCACUUCAAUGGUUUUGUACCACGGGAGUGUUAUAUGUUUCAAAAAGGGCAGGCGUUGGUGGAGGAGAUCUUUUGCCUCUAACAUGUUUGCCAUUGCUCCUGAGAGAAAGCGUGCUUUCUGUUUGGUUCCCUGUGCGAAACAUAAACACACGAGGAAGAGAACCUGGUGGGAGGAGUUCUUUUCCGAUGAUGCUGAUGGCAGCUGGUUUGGUUGGAGUGCGGAGGAUGUGCUUGGUGAUGCUUAUGGCACUGAUAGAGAUGAUGGGGAAGAAGAGAUGUCAGAGGAUGAGAAGUUUGAAGCUUGGAAAAGGAGAGCCGAGGCAAUAUCUGAGCUCCGUGAAGCACAAGAGGAUGCAACAAAUGCAGAAAGUCGGGCAUGGGAAGAUUGGCUUGGGGGAAAUGGGUCAUCCAAUGUAAAUACUUCAUCUAGGGAUCAAGAAUGGAAUGCAGGAGCAGAAACAUUGAAUGAGGUAUCUGAUGAUCCAAAUGAGACGAUGCGGGAGAAUGGUAUUGUUAAGGCCAUCAAAGAUUCAGUCGGUGAAAGUGAUGACGACUUGUUGUUUGAGGACAGGGUUUUCCAAUAUGCUUCAACAAGCUCGGCAAAAUUUAUCGCUUUGUUGAUCAUCAUUCCAUGGACGUUAGACUUUCUGGUGCAUGAGUAUGUUCUCAUGCCAUUUUUGGACAGAUAUGUGAAGACUGUACCACUUGCUGCUGAGUUGCUUGAUGUACGAAGACAUCAAAAACUUGAGAUGAUAAAGACUCUAAAAGUAGAGAAAGCAAGAUUCCACUUAGAAGUAGAGAUUGGUAAAUCUCCUCCACUUUCUGAUGAAGAAGUCUGGUUGGAGUUGCGGCACAAGGCGUUAGAAUUAAGAGAUGAAUGGAGAUUGGAGAACCGGAAAGCAUUUGCUAAUAUCUGGUCUGAUAUGGUGUAUGGGAUUGCAUUAUUUAUUCUUAUCUACUUUAAUAAGAGCAAAGUUGCUUUGCUGAAGUUUACUGGAUAUAAGUUAUUAAAUAAUAUCUCAGACACUGGGAAGGCGUUUCUUAUUAUUCUGGUGACAGAUAUAUUUUUGGGUGCAGGUAUCAUUCUGAGUCUGGCUGGCAGGCUUUGGUUGAGAUAAUUCUUGAGCAUUAUGGGCUUGAAGUUGACCAGGCUGCAAUAACCAUCUUUAUCUGCUCCUUUCCGGUUGUCAUUGAUGCAUGUGUGAAGCUUUGGUUAUUCAAAAUCCUUCCAAAACUAUCUCCAAACGUGGCAAAUAUCUUCCGGGAAAUGCAGCGUCACUAGUGAAGCUUUUCAUGGGCCCUUUUUUCUCUCAUCUUGGGAAUUACCGGGCUGGGAUUAUGCUUCAAUGAUUGCAUCUUGAAGGUGGAUUUGCCGAAUAUUAUACAUGCAGCGCUGGAUCGAGCUCUAUAGGCAGCAUCAGUAGGUGCUUCCAGUACUCUAUUCUAUGCAGUUAAUGAAAAAGUUCUUAUGGAAGUGCUUUCCAUCCCUAUUGGAAGACCACCUUUUGUCCUUAAAAUUCAUUUCCACAUUGCUGACCCUUUUAACCCAGAGGAUCCCUAAGUUUUGCCCCACAGUUAGUAGUCAGAAGGAGAGCACUUUAUUUCCUUAAACGAGAUGAGCAGAUCCCCCAGAUUUGUGUCAUGUGGGUCCUACAUUAAGCGAGUUUCUUGAAGUGAUAUGAGUGUAGCUUGAACUUCAUCGGUGUCAAUCCAUCCCUGGGAAAUGUCCAGGAAUCCCAUUGAAGUGAAUAUUAUGCAGUUGCAAUAUCUUGCAUUGGUUUUUAGGGUGCCUUUGGCUCACAAUCGUUUUUGGGAAUCGAACUUGAAAUAGAAAUUGAUUGAAAUGUGAAUCA